AUGUUACGGGAAGUCCUACACACUCCGUCACAUAUGCACAGUUCGAAAAGAAAGGUUACCGGAAAUUUCUCCUCCUACUCUUUCAUAUUUUAUUAUUAUAACACAACCUCCCUUCUUUUUCUCUCUUAUCUUGCAUCCUUCCUUCCUCUUCCUUCAACUCAGAUUUCUCCUCCUACUCUUUCAUAUUUUAUUAUUAUAACACAACCUCCGCUUCUUUUUUCUCUCUUAUCUUGCAUCCUUCCUUCCUCUUCCUUCAACUCAGAUUUCUCCUCCUACUCUUUCAUAUUUUAUUAUUAUAACACAACCUCCGCUUCUUUUUCUCUCUUAUCUUGCAUCCUUCCUUCCUCUUCCUUCAACUCAGAUUUCUCCUCCUACUCUUUCAUAUUUUAUUAUUAUAACACAACCUCCACUUCUUUUCCUCUCUUAUCUUGCAUCCUUCCCUCCUCUUCCUUCAACUCAGAUUUCUCCUCCUACUCUUUCAUAUUUUAUUAUUAUAACACAACCUCCGCUUCUUUUUCUCUCUUAUCUUGCAUCCUUCCUUCCUCUUCCUUCAACUCAGAUUUCUCCUCCUACACUUUCAUAUUUUAUUUUAAUAACACAACCUCCGCUUCUUUUUCUCUCUUAUCUUGCAUCCUUCCUUCCUCUUCCUUCAACUCAGAUUUCUCCUCCUACUCUUUCAUAUUUUAUUAUUAUAACACAACCUCCGCUUCUUUUUCUCUCUUAUCUUGCAUCCUUCCUUCCUCUUCCUUCAACUCAGAUUUCUCCUUCUACUCUUUCAUAUUUUAUUUUUAUAACACAACCUCCACUUCUUUUCCUCUCUUAUCUUGCAUCCUUCCUUCCUCUUCCUUCAACUCAGAUUUCUCCUCCUACUCUUUCAUAUUUUAUUAUUAUAACACAACCUCCGCUUCUUUUUCUCUCUUAUCUUGCAUCCUUGCUUCCUCUUCCUUCAACUCAGAUUUCUCCUCCUACUCUUUCAUAUUUUAUUUUUAUAACACAACCUCCACUUCUUUUCCUCUCUUAUCUUGCAUCCUUCCUUCCUCUUCCUUCAACUCAGAUUUCUCCUCCUACUCUUUCAUAUUUUAUUAUUAUAACACAACCUCCGCUUCUUUUUCUCUCUUAUCUUGCAUCCUUCCUUCCUCUUCCUUCAACUCAGAUUUCUCCUCCUACUCUUUCAUAUUUUAUUAUUAUAACACAACCUCCGCUUCUUUUUCUCUCUUAUCUUGCAUCCUUCCCUCCUCUUCCUUCAACUUAGAUUUCUCCUCCUACUCUUUUCAUAUUUUAUUAUUAUAA